AUGGAGAAAUCAAAGCAACAUAUUCGUCAUAUAAUGUUGUGGGAGUUCCAAAAUGGUAGUAAUGCGGCCAAUACCGCAAAGAAGAUAUGUGACGAUAUCGGCGAAGGUGUAGUAUCAGAACGUACACUGCGAAAUUGGUUUGCUAAAUUUCGUUCUGGAGAUACAAGCUUUCAAGAUGAACCUAAGCCUGGACGAUCAACUGAUGUCGAUGACAACGUUCUAAAGGUACUAGUGAAACAAAACCCACGGCAAACGACCAGGAAAUUAGCAGAUAAAAUGAGAACAUCUCAAUCUACUAUUUGUCGUCACCUAGAAAAGCUGGGAAAGGUCAGUAAGCUAGGCGUAUGGUUUCCGCACGAACUAUCGAAAAAUGGGUCUCCUAUGAAAACAUUAUCCGAAAAAGAACAUUAUCCCAAGCUGAACAUAAAGCAAAUUUGCAUGGAAAGAAAAUUCUGCUGUGCGUAUGGUGGGAUCGCAAAGGGAUAA